AAAUAUUAACCAAAGCCAGAGAGAGAGAGAGAAUGGAGAUUGAAGAAGUAGAAGAUUAUCAGACACUGCCAUUGAUGUCUCUGAAUCAUGUGUCUCUAUUAUGUGCUUCACUGUGGGAUUCAGUGCGGUUCUAUGAAGAUGUCUUGGGCUUUGUCCUCAUCAAACGCCCCUCUUCUUUCAAUUUCAAUGGAGCUUGUAGGUUGUAUAAUUAUGGGAUUGCCAUACACUUGAUCGAGAAUCCAUCAAUGAAUGAAUUUGAUACCAUGAGAGAAACAAGACCAAUUAAUCCAAAGGACAACCAUAUCUCCUUCCAAUGCAGAGACAUAUGUCUUGUGAAGAGGAGGCUGCAAGAGAUGGGAAUGAGGUACGUGACAGCUGCAAUAGACGACGAUGGUGUGAAGGUAGAUCAAGUGUUCUUCCAUGACCCAGAUGGUUACAUGAUUGAGAUUUGCAACUGCGAGAAAAUCCCAAUCCUUCCCUUCUCUUCUUCUUCUUCUUCUUCAUCAUCAUCUUCUCCUUCUUCAUCAUUUGCAUCCGCUUUCAAGCAGCCUCCAUUAAUGACAGGCAUCAAGAAACCACCUUUCAACAAGUGCUGCUUUAUGGAGACUCAGAUGAUGGAGAACUUGACAACGGAUAUGAUGAAUUUUUCAUUUUAAACUGCCUAAAAAAACUGAUGUAAGAUAAGUGCUUUUAAUAUAGAUUUGUAAACAUGCUUGAGGGUAUGAAGUAAAAAAAAAAAAAAAGGGUAGGGUAAAAUAAG